AUGCUAUUUGGAUAUUUAGCGCCUUUGAUAAAGAGGGCAGUUUACAAUUUCGUGCCAACUUCUACGCUGAAACUAGAACUGGACCAGUCACCAUUAACGCGCUAUAUAGGUGAUUGUAUCCAGAGCACAUCAAAGAAUUGCCUGACGGUGGAUACAACGCAGAAACCGUUCGUAGGACACAUUCCGCUAUUUGAGAAUUUGCGAUUCCAAGACAACUCGUAA